AUGGGGUCACCAAUGGCCUCCUUGGCAGCAACUUUGCUCGUCUUAGCAUUCUCUCUUUGUUUUGUAUCUGAAACCACCGCAAAUUAUUACUACUCUUCCCCUCCUCCACCCAUCAAACACUACUCUCCUCCAGUUUACAAGUCUCCACCACCACCGGUUAAGCACUACUCCCCUCCUCCCAUUUACCACUCUCCUCCUCCACCGGUUUACAAGUCUCCUCCUCCUCCCGUUUACCACUCUCCUCCACCACCUGUUUACAAGUCUCCUCCUCCUCCAGUUUACCACUCUCCUCCACCACCGGUCUACAAGUCUCCUCCUCCUCCGGUUUACCAUUCUCCACCACCUCCAUAUUAUAAGUCUCCUCCUCCUCCUGUUUACCACUCUCCUCCACCUCCGGUUUACAAGUCUCCUCCUCCUCCUGUUUACCUUUACAAAUCUCCUCCUCCACCGGUUUACCACUCUCCUCCACCACCGGUUUACAAGUCUCCUCCUCCUCGGGUUUACCAUUCUCCUCCACCUCCAGUUUACAAGUCUCCUCCUCCUCCUGUUUACCACUCUCCUCCACCUCCAGUUUACAAGUCUCCUCCUCCUCCGGUUUACCUUUACAAAUCUCCUCCUCCACCGGUUUACAAGUCUCCUCCUCCUCCCGUUUACCACUCUCCUCCACCACCGGUUUACAAGUCUCCUCCUCCUCCGGUUUACCACUCUCCUCCACCCCCGGUUUACAAGUCUCCUCCUCCUCCAGUUUACCUUUACAAAUCUCCUCCUCCACCGGUUUACCACUCUCCUCCUCCACCGGUUUAUAAGUCUCCUCCUCCUCCCGUUUACCACUCUCCUCCACCACCGGUUUACAAGUCUCCUCCUCCUCCAGUUUACCACUCUCCUCCACCUCCAGUUUACAAGUCUCCUCCUCCUCCAGUCUACCAUUCUCCUCCACCUCCAGUGUACAAGUCUCCUCCUCCUCCUGUUUACCUUUACAAGUCUCCUCCUCCUCCGGUUUACAAGUCUCCUCCUCCUCCAGUCUACCAUUCUCCUCCACCUCCAGUGUACAAGUCUCCUCCUCCUCCAGUUUACCACUCUCCUCCUCCUCCUGUUUACCUUUACAAGUCUCCUCCUCCUCCGGUUUACAAGUCUCCUCCUCCUCCCGUUUAUCACUCUCCUCCUCCACCAGUUUACAAGUCUCCUCCUCCUCCCGUAUACCACUCUCCUCCACCACCGGUUUACAAAUCUCCUCCUCCUCCUGUUUACCACUCUCCUCCCCCACCUAAAUACGUGUACAAAUCUCCUCCUCCUCCGGUUCACUCACCUCCUCCACACCAACCUUACCUUUACAAGUCUCCACCUCCUCCUCCAUACUACUACUAG